AUGACAAGGAACAUCGACUCUUUCGAGCAACCUAAGACCCGAAUCGGACGUUUACGGAUGAGAAGAUGUCCAACGCCAGCUUUGACAAUCUUCGUCGUUUACGCUUUCUAUGUGGAUCUAGAGAAGUUCCACGGAGAAGAUGAUGCCUUCUACGCGGUCAUAAUAAGUGAUUUCAACGCCAAGAUUGGCCCACAGAAGAACGCCUGA